AUGGGAACGCAGGGCUCUGUGAUGAGCGGUGCCAAUGGUGCUCUGCCACAGCGGAACUUCCCGGCCUGGGCAGCGCAAAGCGACCUUGGUUUCUAUGGCAAGAUGCCAGUGGCCUCCUGGGCCUCGGUGCCACCGACCUUCUCCGUGCAGUCGGCACCGGUGUCGCAGGCGCGAACCGAGAAGUUGGGCGCGGUGAUCGACCAUUUGCUCGAAGGCACCGGGGCAUCACCGGGCGGCGGAAUGAUGGACGUGAUCGAGGAGGAGCACUUUUUCCAUUUGGUGGAAAAGAUGUGUGCUGCACACAAGCAAGAGGUUCAACUACUCCGAGAUCAGAUUCGCUACUUGCAUACACCCGAAGGCCAAAAGCUUUUCCGGGACCAUCACUCGCUUCACGACCAACACAAACAUGGUGACCAUGGUGAUCAUGGUCACGAAAAUCAUGGUCAUGCCGCUCAUGGAGUUUCAGGUGGUAUGAUGCAAAACGAGAGCCUCGCCCUUGAGGCCGAGGCCAACAAGGAUUGUGAGGAAGUCCACCACCACCAUCAUCAUCAUCAUCAUGAACAUCGGACCCCGUGGCAUUCCAUGCAUGUGAAGACCUUCCACAACUCGCAGUCCACCAGCGAGCUGAGCAAAGGUUGGUGCACAAAGCUCAAGGCAUGUUUGAAGCAUCCAGCCUUUGAUAUCACCAUGAGUGCGAUCAUUGUGAUGAACGCCGUCAUGUUCGCGUUCGAAGCACAGUAUAAAGGCUUUGAACUGGCGCAUCAGUUAGACUUGACCGAGGACUCGGCUUUGUUGCUUUGGCCAGGCGCCAUGGAAGUUUUCGAGGUGGCAGAGUUGAUCUUCGGCAUCAUCUUCACAGCUGAGGUUGCUCUGAAGAUUUUUGUGGAGCAUCUCCGCUUCUUCCGUGAGGGCUGGAAUUGGCUUGAUUUCAUUGUGGUCUUCGUGUGGCUCUUUGGAAAGACCGGACAGUCCUUGCCUGUGAACAGUCAAAUCCUCCGUCUGGGUCGCCUCUUUCGGCUCUUGCGCAUGCUGCGGCUAGUGAGGCAAAUGAAAGAAUUUGACGCUCUCUUCUUGAUGACCACGGCCAUUCGAAGUAGUUUCAUGGUCUUGGGAUGGACUAUCAUCCUUCUCUUCGUAUGCCAAAUGCUUUGCGCACUGGUGAUCCAACAGACGUUGUUUGGCUUCUACUUUGACCCGAAGCAUGAGGCAAGCUUCCAGGACCAGCAAGAUGUCUUCGUCUAUUUCGGCACCUUUACGCGCUCGUUGCUCUCACUUUUUGAGAUGACCUUGGCCAAUUGGCCUCCUGUGGCGCGCUUGCUCAUGGAGCAUGUCACAGAAUUUUGGAUGCCAGUGUGUUUGUUCCACAAGCUGACCAUGGGCUUUGCAGUCGUCGGAGUCAUCAACGGCGUCCUGAUGCAAGAAACCUUUAAGGUGGCCCACAUGGACGACACUGUGAUGGUACGUGAGAAGCAGCGGGCCAUGCGUGCGCACCUGGCGAAGAUGUCGCUGCUCUUUCAGGAAGCAGACACCUCAGGUGAUGGACGUUUAGAUUUGGAGGAAUUCAAGUCUAUUCUGGAUGACUACGAGGUGAAGAUUUGGUUGGCUGCCAUGGAUUUGGACGUGAGCGACGUUGAGGAGCUUUUUUUUCAUGUUGGAUGA